AUGACCCAGGUUGCCAACCUCUUGGAAGGAUUGAACCCGGCCCAGCGCGAGGCCGUGGAAACGGUGGACGGGCCGCUGCUGAUCAUCGCCGGACCGGGCAGCGGCAAGACACGCGUGAUCACCCAUCGAAUCGCCUACCUCGUGCAGGAGUACGGGGUCAGUCCUUACAGCAUCCUCGCCAUGACGUUCACCAACAAGGCGGCGCGGGAGAUGACGGACCGUCUCGGCCGUCUUGCAGGUCCCCACGCGGGGGCGCUCACGGUCGGCACCUUUCAUUCCUUCUGCGCCCGGCUGCUGCGGAUAGAGGGCGACUUUAUCGGCCUUUCCAGAAACUAUUCCAUAUUCGACGACGACGACCAGAUUUCGGCAAUCAAGCAGUGCCUGGGGCAAGCGGACUAUGAUCCCAAACGGUACCCGCCCCGCGCAGUGCUGUCGGCGAUCUCGCGGGCCAAGAACGUGCUGCAGGACUCACAGGCCAUGGCCCGCGAUGCCGCCGGGUAUUAUUUCGAGGAAGUAUGCGCCCGGGUCUACCGCCACUACGAGGAACUGCUGGCCCGCAACAACGCCGUGGAUUUCGACGACCUGUUGCUUCGGACCGUGCAGCUCUUCCGGGAAUACCCCGUGGUGCUGCAGCGGUACCAGGACCGCUACGGCUACCUGAUGGUGGACGAGUUCCAGGACACCAACGUGGCGCAGUACCAGCUGUCCCGCCAGUUGUCGCAGGGGCACCAGAACUUCUGCGUCGUGGGCGACCCGGACCAGUCCAUCUACUCGUGGCGCAGCGCCGACGUUCGAAACAUUCUGAACUUCAAGAACGACUACCCACGGGCAAAGGUCAUCUCGCUGGGCCAGAACUACCGCUCCACCGCCAACAUACUGAACGCCGCAAAAGGGCUGAUCGAGUCCAACGGUAAGCGCCUCGACCACCAGCUAUUCACCGACAAUUCCACGGGACAGCCCGUGCGGGUUGAUGAGGCCUACGACGAGGACGAGGAGGCCGGCAAGGUAAUCGGAGAGAUCAAGCGGCUCACCCGUGAGGAGAGUUUCAAGCUGGGUGAUUGCGCCGUGAUGUACCGGGUGAACGCCCAGUCCCGCGCUAUGGAGGAGGCCUGCCUGCAGCAGGGGGUGAAGUACCGGCUGGUGGGCGGCACCCGCUUUUACCAGAGAAAGGAGAUCAGGGACCUCACCGCCUACCUCCGGCUGGUCUACAACCAGCAGGACGACCAGACCCUGGCCCGCGUGGUGAGCGUCCCGCCGAGGGGCCUUGGCGCCAAGUCCAUGCAGCAGCUAGGGGAGUGGGCCACCGGCCGCGGCGUUUCCACGUUCGACGCCAUGCGGGAAAUCACCUUAGCCAGCAGAAACAAGCAGCCCAGCCCCGUGUCCCUGCCAUCCCGCGCCGCUUCAUCCAUCGCCAAAUUCGUCGACCUCAUCGAACGGCUGGUGGCCAUCAGCCGCGAGGCAGAGGUCGUCAAGCUCAUAGACGUGCUGCUCUCGGAGUCGGGCCUACAAAAGCACAUUCAGGAAAGCGACGAGCGGCCCGAGGAACGCUGGGAGAACGUGAUGGACUUCCGGGGCAUCGCCCAGGAAUUCAACGCCGAAACUCCGCCCGACGGGUUAGGGUCUCUGCUCGAGCGCACAUCGCUGGUCUCGCAGGUGGACGAUCUGGAGGAUGCCGAGGACUCCAUCACACUGAUCACCCUGCAUCAGGCCAAAGGGCUGGAGUUCCCGGUGGUCUUCAUCGUCGGGAUGGAAGAGGGCCUGCUGCCCCACUCCCGUUCCUUGGACAGCGAAGAACAGACCGAAGAGGAGCGUCGGCUGUGCUACGUCGGGAUGACUCGCGCCGAACAGCGUCUGUACCUGAUGCGCGCCUUCCGGCGGAACUUUCGAGGCGGAAGCGGGGGGCCGGCAGCCGCUUCCCGGUUCCUCCGCGAGAUUCCGGAAGACCUGCUGGUCCCCGCGGCGCUGUCCUCCACCGCUGCACGUACAGUUACUUCUCCCCAGCCCGGCGGAGGCAGCUCCAUCCGGGCAGCGGCGCUGGCGGCUGCGUCUGUGGCACCAUCAUCCGGACCGGCGCUGAAGGUGGGCGACCCGGUGCGACACCGUGCCUUCGGCGACGGCAUCGUCAUGGCCUGCGAAGUUACGGCGUCGGACGUUGAGGUGACGGUGGAAUUCGCAGGGGGCGUCGGAGCAAAGCGGCUGCUGUUGAGCUUCGCCCCACUGGAAAAGCUGAGUGACAGCGAAGAUCCCGGCCUGGGUGGGAGGUAG